AUGGCUGGAAAAAAUUCUAAAAAGAAAAGUGAUCAAGUCGUGCAGAAUAGGCCAUUCUUGUGCGCAAGCUUUGAUGAUGGCUUGAUGAUGGUUGUUCACACAACAUGGAUAAAAGAACAGUUCAAUGAGUCGCGCUAUGAGGUGUACUAUCCAAAAAAAAAUGCUUCAUCCCUUGUAUCAAAGAACAUUCCGAAGGAAAAUAUCAUUCUUUGGGACUCCAAGCCAGUGAUUAUAGAAUGUUCUCAUGAAACUAUGAUUCAGGCUCGAUGUCACCAGAAGGAACUUUCUGCUUCUGAUGAUGAAAGUAAGAAGCGUAUCAAAGUACGCAAGGACCCACUGCUUCAAGAUUUAGAGAAUGUAAUUAAGAUCUACAACUUUUUCAUUUGUUAAUCAUACUACUAAAUUCAAAUUUUCUUUUAGACUGUUCGAGAUCAAACCGAUGGAGAUGCAUCAAAGCAAGUACAAAAUGCAAUGUCUGUGAUUGAGGAAACUGUGGCUGAGGAAACUGUGGCUGAGGAAACUGUGGUUGAGGAAAAUUCAAGUGAGCGAAUCGAUCAGCUUAUUGAAGGUGCGGUGACUGUUGACGAUUUGAAGAUAAUUUUGAAAUCAAUGAAUGGCCAAUUGAAACGUAAGAAUGAAGACUCUCCAACAAAUGAUGGUAAUAAAAAGAGCAGAACCAAUCCCAUUGAAAAGAAAAUUGCAUCGAUCGAGGACUUCAAUAUGUUCUUAAUAAAAGCCACCGAAUCACAGGAAUAUAAGGAAAAUCUCGUUCGUUAUUGGAAAAAAAUGCCGGGAACUGAAGGCAUGACAAAGUUUGGCAAUGGAAAGCUUCAUGCCAUUUUAUUAUCAAUCUUUGAUUUACAGUUUUUGAACGAUUCGGUUUUAUGGGGAAAAUUAUGUGUAAAGGAGGAUGCUGCAGGAGACAAAAAGCUGUAUCUGAAAGUCCAUGGAAUAUUUUUGGAAAUGUUGAAAGAUGUCCUUAAUCUCGAUGAUGGAAAUCCCACAAAAACUUUGGGAGACUUUAUUAAAAACAUCCUUAAUAACAAGAUUAAGCGUGACAUGAAAGCUAUCCUUAAGAAUUCGAAAAAGAAUUAA